UUUCAUCUGGAUUUUUUUUCACAUUUUGUUUACAGUUUAUCAGAAAAUCAGUCGCUAUUAGUCAUGCCGCCGUGGUGUAAUUAUUGGUUGUUAGGUUCCAUGGUAUUAUCGUUUACUCUCCACUUCGUUAUUUUGUACAUUGACGUCCUAUCGGCUGUAUUCCAAGUGUGUCCUCUUACAGUGGAAGAAUGGGUGGUGGUAAUGAAAUUUUCGAUACCAGUGAUAUUACUAGAUGAAUCAUUGAAGUUUGUCGCGAGAAAGAUUACGGAUGUUGGAGAAGAGGUUACUGAUAGGUGGGAAUAAAUUUUCAACUUUAUGCAGCAUCUAACUCUUUUAACUAUUCUGCAUCAGAUUUCCCAUCAUACAGAGCUUAAUUUUCUAUCUUUAUAAGUUACUAGCCACUUGUAAUUAUAUAAAACUUAUUCUUUUAUAUAAUUACAACUUGUAAAUAGAAAUACCAAAGUAAGUAUAGAGGCUAAAAUUUUUCAAAAAAUUUUUUCGUAUAUUUUUUUGAUCGCUUAUUUUGCUGUUUCCAUUCAAUAGUUUAGAGAUGUGUUGUUUUAUUUCCUAUUUGUCUCCCUUCCUCUCCUUCCAUAAAAAAAGACCUGUGAUUAAGUAAUAUUAUGAAUGACGAACUUGACAAUGUAAAAUCAACCCUACGUUGAGGUCAGCUCUGAACGGGCUUCAGGUAUUUCCAACUAACAAAGAGGAAAUAGCCUCGUCAUUAAGUUCUGAGUGUUAUCACAAUACGUCUAUUCAUUUAGUUUUUAGAAACUUUUACACUUGCCACAUGUGUGAAGUGGUAUUUACAUGUCAUUAUUAAUAUUUGUUAUGCAUAAAAAUAUGAUAUAGUUCGAGCUGGUCUCGACUGAAAUGCGGUAUAUUAAUAUCAGAAUACUGAUGUACAGAUUGUAUCUAUUUAUUACACAUCAUUUUGUACACACAAAAAUUUGUGUAAAUAAAGGUUGCGACUGAGUAGUCGUUAUAUAUAAGUUUC